GCGUUGGCUCCGCCCACCCCUCCUGGUUGUCAUAGUGAGGCGGUAUACACUGAGGCUCCGGGGUCCCAAGGCCUGAAACUAAGCUAAGCUGGCGGGCGCCAUGCAGUACACGGGGAGCCAAUAUAUUGGAGAAUUUGUAGAUGGGAGGAUGGAGGGUGAAGCCGAAUACAUCCUCCCUACUGAGACAAGAUAUGUUGGGUACAUGAAGGACGGCAUGUUUCACGGCGAAGGAACCCUGUACUUCCCCAAUGGGAGCCGAUACGAUGCCAUUUGGGAAAAGGGAUUGGCUGUUCAGGGCACCUACACCUUCUCCGACGGACUGCAGUAUGAUGCAAAGAACUGGCAUUACUGUGACGGCUACGACCGGAGGUUUUACACCGAGAUCUGCCACGGCCUGAAGCCUACAGGUAUCUCUCAACUCUCCAAUAUGGACCCACCUAGAAAAAUCCCUCCAGGCUAUUAUGACUGUGGAGAUGGCUUCUACAACCCGAAAACGAGGGUCGUCAGGGACUAUACGAAUCACUUUCUGCGAAAUGCCGGUAUGUUUAUUCUGACACCCUGUGGCACAUGUUUUCUCUUCUCUCAUCCACACACAGGUUUGUGCAUGUGUGUGCACACACAUGCAUUGGAUGAGAAAGAAAAUUUUGCCGAUAAAAGACAAAAACUGAUGAGCUGAAUGUUUCACUAAUUGAAAAUCUUAAACUAUCAACUCUAUACACAGUCACAGAGUGAGGGAAAGGACAUUAGUGGUCUGACUGUGACAGCACAUGUGCUAUCACUGAAAGGCUUAAGGUACUUUUUUAAAAAAUAUUUUUUAUUGAUUCA